AUGCGAUCACUCUUUGCUACUACCGUACUUUUUAUAGCAGCUUUGGGGUAUGCCGUGGCGUCACCGAACCCCUCCGCUGACACGCUCGCGCCUAGACAGCAGGCAGGGACUCUUAGAUAUAUCCCUGGCGCACCGCCCCUUACCUUCAACUACACGUGCACUACGCCUUCGCCUCAGAACUACAUCGGUGUAUGGAGCGCCGUCAAUCCAGAGGCCACGACUUUGCCGGCGCUCAUCUCCACCUAUGUUUCUGACAGUGCCGGGACUGCACUUGUCCCUUUCCCCGACAGCCUUCCGGCGGGCCAGUACCUGGCAUUGUUCGUCUCGGCCCAGGACAACAACAUCGCGGGCCCGGUCACAGUCGACUUUGGGAACUGCGUCAGGCCGGGCUCGUCCGUUUGCUUGGAUGGCACCGUGUGCUCGGGCGGCGCAGCGCAGUGUACCGUUGACGCGAGAAACCCCAACACCACUAUCUGCUGUGCCGCUGGCCAGAAAGCUUUCUACGGCAAUUGCUAUGACGCCCCCAAUGGCGACGACAUUGAUGUCUGCCUCUAUGCACAGAAUGAAGAUGAGCGCUGGACUGGGCAGGUGUGCGACCUCACCCAGAAUAACUAUUGUGCUUGCCUCGGCGGGCAGAGUUGGUCAGCCUGCAAGUGCUGCGGAGCCACACAGUACCUCAGUGGAUCUACUGGCAACUGUGUUGACAAGUCGUAG